CUACCACCACCUCCUCCACAGCACCACACACACACACACUCGCCAAGCUCGCCCCACGCCCCAACACCGGACAGAACGCGCACGCACGAACGCACCCACGCGCGUCCGAGGCGAACCACGGCCGCGCUUCCGCCCAUGCACGUCCUCUGGCUGCUCGCGGCGCGGCGGUUCCGCCGCCGCGCCCGCGCCGUGUCCACGAUCACCGCGAGCGCGGCGACGGCGCCGGCCACCCCGUGCGGCUACGGCUACGGCGUCGACGACGACGACGGCCCGUUCUUCGACCUCGACCUGUCGUGCUGCCGCUCCGCGCCGGCCUCCAGCGCCGGGUCAAGCUCCGAGUCCGAGGACUCCUCAACCUCCUCCUCCUCCUCCUGCGGCGCGGGCGGCGACGCCGACCUCGUCAUCUCGCUGCAGCGCCAGCGGAGCUGCUCCGCGUCCUCGCCGCCCUACGACCGCCUCUCCUUCGGCCGGUGCGGGUGGGGCGGCGCGCUGCCCCCGCAGCUGAAGUUCUGCGCUUCGGAACCCAACGACGCCGCCGCCGCGCGGCUCAGCGCGAGCGGCAGGCGCGGGAGGCUGCGCACGUUCAGCUUCGGAGCCGCGUCCGCCAAGGCCGCCUUCUACGGCGGCCGCGCCAGCUUCUCCCGCAGCUCCAGCAGCGCGCGCUCCGCGAGGAUCUUCGCCGCGUACGGGCACGACUCGCCGUCGCCGGACCAAGAACAAGAAACGGGCGCUAAGAGGGGGCAGCCCUCGGCGGACGUGAUCAGGCGGUACCUGGGCAAGAUCUCGAGGCGGCUGCGGAGGGUGGCGCCCGCUGCGGACAUCCGGCUUCGGAAGAGCCGGUCGGCGUCCGCGGCGCAGACGGCGGCUCCUGCUCAGUUCUCGUCGCCGCCGUCCCGCCGUGACGACACGCUCCUGGAGCAGCAGGACUGCAUCGCCAGCGCCAUCGCGCACUGCAAGGAGUCCAUCCACCGUGCGUCCAUGUCGGAGUGCGACUCGUCGCUUCUGCGGUCGUGGAGUGAUCCAGGAACAGAACCUCCAUGCCGACGAGCAUCGUAGCCAACCAAAUCAAAGGACUUCUCUUUGCUUUGCAUGCUCUAACUACAACAUUUCGCUUGGGAAUUCCUCGAGGGAGCGGGACCGAAGCUUCGCGCUGAAUUUCGCAAAGGGGGCGAGGAAAAGACGACGAAAGUACAGUAGUACAUCAAAUUGUUAAAAGCUUGGAGGGCAUGCGGUUGUUUAGCAAGCUAGCGAGAUCUUUAACAGUCCUUUGUGUGAGACUUCUUUUGUAUUUUUUGGCGUGGAGAAAGAGCUCCUUUUAGGCUCUUUUAGCCACCUUCUACCCACAUGUACAAGCGUGGAAGGGUGCCAGUUCUUUCGUCCAUCUUUUUUUCUUCAUGCUCUCGUCUUCCUUGUACACGAACACUACCUGUAUCUAACUAGGCACUCCACUCCUACAUUCUCUGCCUUAAUUUUGACUGCCAUAGCCUCUCACUAUGUGUGUCGUUCACAA